AUGGGAUUAUCAGAUGUCGGGGUAUACAUCAACGGAGAAAGCGUUCCCGGAAGACCACUGAAAACAGACUUCACGGCAGGACAUUAUUCAGCUGCCUAUGCUCGCUUAUUUGAAGCCUCUGGGAAAUGGAACAACGACGCUGGACUGAUUAUCACUCGUGAUAAUUUUGGAAGUGGAUACUCACUUUUUGUAUUCACGGUAGAUCCGUGUGGGUUUGGAGAAGAGUAUUUAAACCUAAUUCGUAGGGGAAACACCAGACUGGAGUUGAAAUUCAAACAAGCAACAACCAAAGCCGCUAAUGUUGUAGUAUUUGCAACAUUUUCAUCUUUACUUGAGGUCGACAAAUCACGUGACAUCAACUACAUUCAACCAUGA